AUGCCUACCAUUCCGACGAAACGCAAGAGUUUGGAAAUGCCGCAGGGAGGACCGUGGAAGGUCUCCAGCAGGGACGUCACCGGCCUUCUUCCAGCUAUUGGGACUGCGGCGACUUUUUCAACUGAUCGCCCGACCAAAGAUGAUCAUAUCCAGCCUGAAUUAGCCAUAGCCGUCGAUCAAGAUGAUGCUCAAAUUACCCCUGUCAUCCCUCCUCUGUCGACUUCCCAUGUGCAGGAUCUGAUGUGCAUGGCGAACCCGUGUAUCGAAAAUGCCUCCGAGUCGCUAGCCAGCGAUCCUACAACAGAAGAGGUAUCUAGCCUCCAGAGCCUGAGCGCACAACCCGUCGUCUACGAAGGGCCGGACAAUUCUGCCGACGCUGCUUCACACAGCAGGCCUGCCGAGAUAUUUGUGCUCAUCGUUUCGAUUGACGAAUACAAAAACCCUCGCAUUGGACGACUUGCGGGUUGCAUGAACGAUGGACGGGCCUUCAAAGCGUUCUUGAUAGACACAUUCCACGUACCACCCGCGCAUAUCGUACAUCUCGUCAACGAGAAGGCCACUCGCGAGGCCAUCCUAUCUGCGUUCGAGCAGCAUCUUAUAAAGAACGAUGCGGUGCAGAAAGGCGACAGCAUCAUCUUCCACUAUGCGGGACACGGUAGUCGCGUGAAGGCACCGGAUGGCUGGGUGUCCGAACACAAUCAAGUGGAGACCAUUGUCCCUUAUGACGAGGGAAUAUACGGGGACGAGACAGUCUACGGAAUACCCGAUUACGCCCUCGACGCACUCAUGCGAAGGCUGGCGUCGGAAAAGGGCGACAACAUUACGGCUAUCUUUGACUCCUGCCAUUCGGGUGGCAUAACACGCACAGCGAGUGCUGUUCCACGCGCACUGCAGCCUGGCGUUUCGCCAUCCCCUCUCCCGCCCACGCUGGACCGAGAUAUAUGGGAAGACCAUACAGGCCGCCAAGCGCACCCUGUGCUUGCAGAAGGGUUCUUCUACAAGGCGAGGUCGUCGCACGUUCUUCUUGCGGCUUGUGAGCAAGAUAAAGCAGCAUACGAGACCACUGUCGGCAUUCCUCACGGCCGCUUCUCUGUCGCACUAUUACAGGCGUUGACGGAAUGCGACAUUACGAAGACGACGUAUGAGGGCUUGAUAGAGCAAGUCGUACCGAAAGUGCAGGAGUAUCAGAGACCGCAGUGCGAAGGCCGCUACAAGAGUCGCAUCGUGUUCAAUGCUGCCGCCCAUGUGAUAGAUCAAAGCGAUGGGCUGAAAGUGAGCAAGGGCAGCAACGGAAUCAUUUAUAUCAAUGCGGGAAGCAUCCAUGGUGUAACAAAAGGAGACAAACUCACUAUUCUCUUGCCUCCUGGAUACUCCGACCUGAUCCCCGAAGGACACGACAUGACCUCCCUUGUCUGUGAAGUUGAUAAAGUUGAAUCUUUCCGUUGCCAGGUCACGCCAUUGAAGCCCGACGUCUUUGAGCGUCUCUUGGCUCUGGGACUGACUUUGAAAGCUUCGCUGCCAGUCGCGAGUUUCGCACAAAAUAUGAAGAUGCAAUUGUGGCGGCCGGAUAGCGACGAGUCCCCAGAGUCAGAUAUCCGUAUCGAUCUGGCGGUGAAGUGCCUCAAAGGCGGGGACGUCUGGCAGCUUGAGAGGUUCGACCCUCUCACGACCAUGCUACCGAACCGGAUCAUCAUCGUCGAGCUCGAACCCGCGGAAAGUCCCAGGAAGUUAGACGAUAUGACACGUGCGUUGGAUGCAAUCGCUGUCUUCAAUCAUCACCUUUACCGGCACGGCAAUUCACAAUUGUCACAGUCUGGCAAUGGACUUGAAGUGCGGCUGCAGAAGUUGGAGAAAACUGAGCGUUAUCCAGUCAUAUAUUCGCCUUUCGGGGAUAACUACCUCUCACCUGAGCACUCGCGCUGCAUUGAUCUAAAGCCAAGCGCGUCGUACAAGCUCGAAAAUGUCAAGGAGGCCAUCCUGACCGAUUUCUCACCAUUCUAUGGACUGACCUUGGUCAACAACACCGAUUACGAUCUCUAUCCGUAUGUGUUGUACUUUGAUCCCAGCGAUUACAGCAUACAGGUGUGGUAUACCCCUCCAUCCACGAGUACGUCCACCGCGCCGUUGCCACGACGAAAGGUAAAGGAUGACAAAUACGAAUGUUCGGAGCUGCCCAUCGGGUAUGGCUCCUCGGGCACUGACAGCAUCCGAUUUUCUUUGCCGGAUGGGACAGACAGGGACUCGGGCUUCUUGAAGAUCUUCGCGUCCACCGCGAACGUGAACAUGGAGCUCCUGAUGCAGGAUACCCCUUUCAAGAGAAACUCGCGUUUGGCAGAAAUGCAAAUUAUGCUCGAAGUAUGGGAUGAAUGGACCUAUGUGCUGACUUGUACUACUAAGCAAGGCGUAGUGUAG